AUGUUCUUCGUCCAAACUCUGCUCGCCACGUUAGCCACGGCUUCCGCCCUCGCCCCCCCAUCCCUCCCACCGACCUCCAUCACAUCCCUCGACCAAACCAACCUAACAACCCAAGCAACCUACUACCAAGGCGGCGCCCCCUCUGCAGCCUGCGGCUUGCCCGUCUCCUCCGGCGUCCUAGUCCCGAACACCUGCCACCAAGCCCUCGUCUACGGUAUCGGGGUGCAGCAACUCGAGGACUACAAGUGCACGUACACGAUCUACCAGGGCUCCAAGAACUGUGGUGACGAUGCAACGGGUGUGACGAAUGUGACUGUGCCGAAGGGGAUGGAUUCGACGUGUGUGGAUGCAGGGGUGUAUGAUGGUGGGAAUUUGGUGCAUGGUCUCACAUUUUCUUAUGCUGUUUGA